AUGUGGGAUUCCCCCCCUUCAGAGAAACACAAGGGGAUUUCCUGUGGGAAAAAUGAAAGGCCGUCCAUCACGGGAUGGCCACAUGAAUGUGUCACGGACACUUUCCCCCGCACUCUUUGUGUGGCUCAGCUCAGCAGUGGUGUGAUGGGUUUGUUUCUGCUCACUUUGGUGCUGCAGUCAGUGCUGGCCGUUCUUGCCCGCGCCCCGGUACGAGUCUUGGGAAUCGAAGGACAGCCCGUGUUCCUGAAGGCCAACGUCCCUCCUGGCUUCCAUGUCAGGGAUACCAUCUGGAGGUUCCUGACCCCCGUCGAAGAGCUGGUGGCAGUCUCCUUCAAGGGAACCCCACAGAUCCUGUACCAAUCCCGCUUCUACGGGAGGAGCCGACUCCACACGAAUUUCACUUUGGAGAUCUGUCCAGCGGCCCUGGGAGACAGCGGGAUCUUCUCGGCACUGCUGGUGAACACAACGGGGGAGAUGGAGAAGCAGAUCUUCCACCUGGAGGUCUACGGUACGAUCCCCCGGAGGAUGUGGCUGGUCAAGUUCAUGCAGUGGGCAAUGGGAAAGGCCUCUGCCUGA